AUGGCAGACCAAGACCAGGCGCUGGAGCCGGGCUGGCUCCUGUCCUCCGCCGGCCGCCCCUACCUGGACUCCAUCCUGCACAAGAACCAGAGGAGAGUGUUCGGUCUGCUGGAGCGCCCGGCGCUGCCGCCUGCCCUGGCUGUCCCCACUGUCACCUACAAACUCUUCCUGGCGGGGAGAAGCGGCGUCGGGAAGACAGCGCUGGUGGCCUGGCUGGGGGGGACCCCCGCGCCCCCCGCCCACCACGAGACCCUGGGGAUCGAGGCUACCACGCUGUUCUGGCCGGCCAAGCCCCGCGCUAGCGGCCGCCCCGUCCUGUUCCAGCUGCACCUCUGGGACUGCGGGGACGGAGCGCUCAGGAAGUUCGAGCACCUGCUGCCUGCCUGUAAGGAGGAGGCGGACGCCGCCCUGUUCCUGUUCUCCUUCACGGACCGCGCGUCCUUCGAGGAGCUGCCGGCGCUCAUGGGCCGCGUGCUGGGCCCCGGGGACCGCGACCUCGUCAGGAUGGUCGUGGGCACCAAAUUCGACCUGGCCCCACACGCGGCCGUGACGGAGGGGGACGUGCGGGCCUUCGAGGGAACGUGGGGGCUGCGGGUGCUACGGGCGGGGGGGACCCCGGCGGCCGGCGGGGCGCGGGCGGGGCUGGCCCGGGUCGCCCCCGUCCUGGACGCCCUGGUCGAGGGGCUCUGGCAGCGCGACCAAGUGACCGCCGGUGUCACCACGGGGGACAUCCCCACCUGA